AUGAGCGACACCAGCGAUUUGUUUGCCAAGGCCAACGAUGCCUACUUUGACGACGAUUAUGACGAGGCCCUUUCCUUGUAUUCGCAGACCAUCGAAGCCGAUGCUACUCAUGCCGAAGCAUUUAUGCGACGCUGCACCGUAUAUCAAAAGCUGAACCAGUUGGAUAAGGCUCUUGCUGAUGCUGACAAGGCUUUGGAGAUCUUGAAUGGACCCAAGGGGACACGUAGUCUGUUAGCACGAGCUCACUUGCAACGAGGCAUUGUUCAAUUCAAUCUCAAACAAUAUCCUGAAGCACAAAAGUCAUUUGAGUCUGCCAAGGAAUUGAAUCCAAAUGAACGUACUUUGGCUACUUGGUUGCGAAAGGUCCAAGAUGUUCUUCCUCCUCCACCACCACCUCCUGCACCCAAACAAGAAGAGCAGCCUGCUCCUGCAGUACAAGCACCAGCUCCUUCCACGCCUCAGAAUGUUCGCGCUAGACAUGAGUGGUUCCAAAAUGAUACCUUUGUCACUGUGGAAGUCUUUAUAAAAAAGGUCAACAAAGAUGACGUUUCUCUCGAUUUCUUUGAUCGUUCGUUGUCAUUGUCAAUCAAGAUGCCUACUGGCUCCACAUUCUCCUUGGAACUUGAUCCAUUGGCUCAUGAAGUCUUGCCCAAGGAAUGCAGCUACAAGGUCUUGUCCACCAAGAUUGAAAUCAAGCUGAAGAAGAAGACUGAAGGGAUCAAGUGGGGUACAUUGGAAGGCGAGGAUGAAUUGCCAACUACCAUGGCAUCCACCAGUGUUUCGAGUUCUCGUAAGCCCAAGGAUUGGAACAAGCUUGUGCAAGAGAUUGAAAAGGAUCAGGAUAAGCCUGAAGGUGAUGCUGCUCUCAACUCGCUAUUCCAACAAAUCUACAGUGGUGCCGAUGAAGAUACUCGCCGAGCCAUGAUGAAGAGCUUUGUGGAAAGUAAUGGUACUUGCUUGUCGACCAAUUGGGCCGAAGUUGGAUCCAAGAAAGUGGAGACCAAGCCUCCAGAGGGAAUGGUUGCAAAGAAGUAUGAAAUCUAA